AUGAAGAAGUUCAGCAUCGCGGAGCUGAAGCAGCUCGCGCACGAGCUGCGGUGGGACGUGAUCCGCGCGGUGUCGAAGACGGGCGGCCACCUGAGCUCGAGCCUCGGCGUCGUCGAGCUGACGACGGCGCUGCACUACGUCUUCGACGCGCCCGAGGACCGCAUCAUGUGGGACGUGAGCCACCAGUGCUACCCGCACAAGAUCCUCACGGGCCGCCGGUCGCGCAUGGGCACGCUCCGCCAGCAGGACGGCCUCUCCGGCUUCCAGAAGCGCGCCGAGUCCGAGUACGACGCGUUCGGCGCGGGCCACUCGUCGACGUCCAUCUCCGCGGCGCUGGGCAUGUCCGUGGGCAAGAGCCAGAAGGGCAGGGCCCAGAACAACUGCAUCGCGGUCAUCGGCGACGGCGCGAUCACCGGCGGCAUGGCCUUCGAGGCGAUGAACAACGCCAACUACCUCCAGGCGCGCAUGAUCACGGUGCUCAACGACAACGGCCAGGUGUCGCUGCCCACGGGCACGCCCUCCGCCGGCGGCGUCAUCCCCAGCGGCGCGCUGAGCGCCUACACGUCGCGCCUCAUCUCGUCGAAGCCCUUCGCGGACUUUCGGCAGGUCGCCAAGGGCAUCUCCUCGCUCUUCCCGUCGGAGAUCCAGGCCAUCAACGCGAAGAUCGACGAGUACGCCCGCGGCAUCGUCACGGGCGGCACGCUGUUCGAGGAGCUCGGCUUCUACUACAUCGGCCCCGUCGACGGCCACGACUUAGAGAACCUCGUGCCCAUCCUCGAGAAUCUGCGGGACACGCCGUCGAACAAGCCCGUGCUGCUCCACAUCAAGACGGAGAAGGGCUACGGCUACGCCCCGGCCAUGCAGGCGAGCGACAAGAUGCACGGCGUCGCCAAGUUCGACGUCGCGACGGGCAAGCAGUUCAAGGGCGCGCCGCCGGCGCCGGGCGCGCCGCCCAAGCCCGCGUCGCUCACGACCAUCUUCGCCAACGAGCUCUGCCGGUUGGCGGAGAAGGACCGCGACGUCAUCGGCAUCACGGCGGCCAUGCCCGGCGGCACGGGCAUGGACAUCUUCGGCCGCCGGUUCCCGAAGCGGACGUACGACGUCGGCAUCGCGGAGCAGCACGCGGUGACCUUCGCCGCGGGCCUCGCCGUGGAGGGCCUGAAGCCCUUCUGCUGCAUCUACUCGACGUUCAUGCAGCGGGGCUACGACCAGCUCGUCCACGACGUCGUCAUCCAGGACCUGCCCGUGCGGUUCAUCCUCGACCGCGCGGGCCUCGUCGGCAACGACGGGCCGACGCACCACGGGUCCUUCGACCUGACCUACCUCGGCUGCAUGCCGGGCCUCGUGAUCAUGGCGCCGGCGGAGGAGGUGGACCUGCGGAACAUGAUCGCGACGGCGUACGCGAUCGACGACAAGCCGUCCUGCGUCCGCUACCCGCGCGGCACGGGCUACGGCCUGGAGAAGCUCAACGACCUCUUCGACCUCGGGCUGACCGAGGUGCCCGAGGCGGGCGAGGUCCUGCCCGUCGGCAAGGGCCGCAUCAUCAAGGACGGUGUGAAGGGCCGGCCCGGCGCAAACAAAAAGGUCGCGAUCCUCUCGCUGGGCACGCGGCUCGCGGCCGCGGCCGAGGCGGCCAAGGAGCUGGAGGGGGAGUACGACGACGUCGCCGUGACGGUCGCCGACGCGCGCUUCAUGAAGCCCCUCGACAUCGACCUCGUGCGCAAGCUCGCGAAGGAGAACGACGUGCUGAUCACGAUCGAGGAGAACUCCGUGCUCGGCUUCGGCGACUACGUGCUCCACUUCCUCGCCCUCGACGGCGCGCUCGACGACGGCAACCUCAAGGUCCGCCCCAUGGUCCUGCCCGACGCCUUCAUCGAGACCGCGACGCAGUUCCAGCAGUACGAGGCCGCGGGCCUCAACGCGAAGCACAUCGUCGGCACCGCGGCCAAGCUCCUCGACCGCGCCAAGGUCCCCGCGAUCUAG